CUAUACAAAUUUAUAAAAUGGCGGACCUGUGAGUGACGUAUGUGUUGUGUGUUUAUGAAUUUCAUUUAUUAUUUUAUUGCAGUGAUUUAUAUGAUGAAGUGAAGACUGUUUGAUUAUAUUAUUAUCUUAUCUAUUUGUCGUCAUUUUGAUGAUGAGGGGAGAGCAGACCUGGUAGGAGGAGCACGACAUGAAUUCUGACGUGCACCGACACCAGGCGCACCCGCCAUUGGCACAGCACGGAGUGCACGCGGGCUCGCAGGCCGUGGGCCCGUGCGGCUGGUACUCGGCAUCGGCCGCGCCCGCUCCCACCGCCCCGGCCCGCCAGAAGCGCGCUCAGCCCCCGCACCAACUACCAUGUGGAGGUAGUGUGAGCGGUAGUAAUGGGCCACACGCGCCUCUCUCGCCCACCGCAUUGCAGAAUUCCAUUCCACAUAAUAUUGUGAUGUCGUCGUCGGUUCGGACGCCAGCCCCGGCCGGACCCACGGCAUCUGCUAUGCACACAUCUCAAACGACGCCUGCAGCGGUGUCAAAAGGUCCCAGUGACGUGCUGGUGAACUCAUCGUGCGUGAACCCACCGCCCGCCGGCAACAGGCUCGUCAACAUGACUCAGUGGCCAUGGCACCACGGCGCUAUCUCCCGGGAGCGCGCAGAAGCGCUGCUGUCGGGGUCCCCGGACGGCGUGUUCCUGGUGCGAGAGAGUACCAACUUCCCCGGCGACCACACGCUUUGCGUGCGGUAUCGCGGACGAGUCGAGCAUUACCGAGUAAAAUGGGCAACAGCCCCUGAUAACCAAAAUCAACGUCUUACGAUAGAUGAUGAAGAAUUCUUCGAUAACAUGACCGAUUUAAUUCACCACUACUUACAAGAUGCAGACGGAUUAUGCACUAAGCUAGUUCGCUGCUUACCAAAGGCCUCGCCGAACGGCGCCAACAAUAACGGCGUGUUACAGCCGCCCUACCCGCCACAUCCACAGCAGCCGCCCCCGUACCCCCCUACUCCAAGCGUAUCGAGCGCGUUAAGCUCGGGCCACUUCCAACACACGUACUCCACGCAGAUCGCGCCCACCGACCAGACGGACAGCGCGCUGCAACAACAGAACUUCGUCGAUGCACGUUGGAAAAUAGACGAGCGUGAUCUAGAAAUCCGUGAAAACAUUGGCAAAGGCGAGUUUGGUGAUGUUAUGCUGGGUAUAUUGAACGGCUCUCAGAAAGUCGCCGUCAAGAUCUUAAAGGACCGCGAGGCCGCGAGUAAAUUCCGAGCCGAAGCAAGCGUCAUGGCGUCGCUGAAGCACGAUAACCUGGUAAGGCUACUGGGGCUGGUAUUCUCGUCUACCGGCAACACUUGCAUCGUGACAGAGCACUGCGCUCAGGGCUCACUGCUUGACUACCUGCGCUCCCGAGGCAGGCACUACGUCACGCAACUCAACCAAAUUAACUUUGCCUAUGACGCGUGUUGCGGCAUGGAGUACCUGGAGCGCAUGCGCGUGGUGCACCGCGACCUGGCCGCGCGGAACGUGCUCAUCUCCGGGGAGGGCGUCGCCAAGGUCGCGGACUUCGGGCUGGCCAGGCACGACGCCGCGCUCGACGACCCCGCCGAGGCCGCGCGUCUGCAGGCCAAGCUGCCCAUCAAGUGGACCGCGCCCGAGGCGCUCAAGUACAACAAAUUCUCCAACAAGUCUGACAUGUGGAGUUUUGGCAUUCUUCUCUGGGAAAUAUAUUCAUUUGGGAGGGUUCCGUACCCGCGAAUCCCGCUAGCGGAGGUGGUCCGCCACGUGGAGCGCGGGUACCGCAUGGAGGCGCCGGAGGGCUGCCCGCUGGGCCCGUACGAGGUGAUGCGCGCGGCGUGGCACGCGGACCCGGGCGCGCGGCCCAGCUUCGCGGCCACGCGCCUCCGCCUCGCCGCCAUGCGCGACGCCGCGCACCACGCGCCCGCC